AUGGAAGCCAUAACUGAGAUUGCAGUCGUAACCAUCCCUGCGUAUAGCCACCAAGCCUCCAUUCUCGAGUUCUGUAAACGACUUGUUCUUCUCCAAAACCAUGGCCAGUUCCAUGUGACCUGCUUCAUCCCUACUCUCGGAUCACCUCCUAGUGCUUCCAUGGCUCUGAUUCAGUCCCUUCCUUCUUCCAUAACCUGCACUUUUCUUCCUCCUGUGAACCUCCACGACCAACCUCUGGAUCUUCCAUUGGAAGUCCAGCUUCAGCUCGCCGUUUCUCGGUCUAUGCCGCUCGUUCGCGAGGCCUUAAAGUCCCUCGGUUCGAGCUCGAGCUUGGCGGCUAUGGUGGCUGAGCCUUUAUCCAUUGAAGCAUUAGCAAUAGCCAAGGAACUUAACAUCAUAUCGUAUCUUUAUUUCCCUUGUUCUGCUAUGAUGCUUUCACUUUGCUUUUAUUCUGCCAAGCUGAAUCAAAGAGUUACUUGUGGUCAUCAGUUUAGAGACCUACCAGUACCCAUUGAGAUUCCUGGUUGUGUUCCUGUGAAUGGAAAAGAUCUCCCAGAUAAUCAUCAAGAUCGAUCAAGUUCGGCUUAUGAGCAGUUUCUUCAACGUUGUCAAUUAUACCAUCUUGCUGAAGGUAUCUUAUUGAAUAGCUUCGAAGAAAUGGAAGCAGGAGCCAUAAGAGCCUGGCAGCACGAGGAACCAGCCGGAAAAGGACAAACUAAGAAAUACCCUUCUGUACAUGCAAUUGGACCCAUAAUAAAAACCGGGUCCAGCAUUGAACCAAACCGGUCAGACCGGGACUGUGACAAAUGCUUAAGAUGGUUAGACACACAGCCACCAAGUUCUGUUCUGUUUGUUUCCUUUGGAAGUGGUGGGAGAUUAUCUCAAGCCCAGAUCAAUGAGCUAGCUUUAGGGUUAGAAUUAAGUGACCAAAGAUUUCUAUGGGUUAACGUGAAAUCACCAAGUGAUAGAGCCAGUGCUAGUUAUCUAAGUGAUAAAAAUGAAGAAGACCCACUUCAUUUCUUACCCUCAGGCUUUCUGGAAAGAACUAAGGAACGAGGUUUGGUCAUGGCUUCUUGGGCCCCACAAGUUCAAGUCCUAGGUCAUAGUUCAGCAGGAGGGUUUCUAAGUCAUUGUGGUUGGAACUCAAUACUAGAGAGCAUUGCAGAGGGAGUGUCAAUUAUAGCGUGGCCACUUUUUGCAGAACAAAGAACUAAUGCUGCAAUGUUAGCUGAUGGGCUAAAAGUUGCUAUAAGGCCAAGACUUAGUGACAACAAUAGUGGGAUAGUGGAGAAAGAAGAGAUUAGUAGGGUUAUAAAGUGUAUAAUGGAGGAUGGUGAUGAAGAAGGUGAAGAAAUUAGAAGAAGAAUGAAAGAGCUUAAAGAUGCUGCUUCUUGUGCUUUAAUGGAGGAUGGUAGUUCAACAAAGACACUGUCAAAUUUGGCCCUCAAAUGGAGAAAUCUGAAUCACAUUAAUUAGAGAAACUGGAUUCUCUUUAUAAAUUUUCUCUCAUGUUGUUCCAUAUAUAUAAGUUGGAGCAUUAGUUCAGUCUAAAAGGGAAGAGUAGAGAGAUAUAUAUAAAUUUUAUAUGAAGAUGACAGAAAAAAAAUUGCUAUUGAUGCUGUUAUGAAACCCAUUAAUUUUGGGUCCAUGUAUGAAACUUUGUCUUA